UGGGAGUGGCUGAAAUAUUUAUUGUCCUUCUGUCAAUUUCAAACAGAGCUGGGCUUGCGUCCAACCAAUCCUUUUCCCUGUCCAAUGGAGUCCAGUGAAGCCCAAGCUUGCUCAGUGGUUACGGGGUGCUGACUAGUUUGGGGUGGACCUUGACCAGGGUGUCCCACUGGCUGAGUGCUGUAGGAUUGGGGAGCCGGGGAGAGGGACUGGUCGCUGGAUCCCGUGCUACAACUCUCUGAUGUAGUGCCCCCUUGCAAAUACUCUUAGGGAGCUCUGGUGUUGAGUUCUGCCUGCUCUCUCGCCAAAAUAGUGUCACUGCAUACUGGAGACAGAGAGUGCAGCAGGUGGACAAAAUAGGAAAAAUAAUAUUUCCAAUAUUGGGAAAAAUAUUUCCCAAAACUAUUGGUGGGGAGGACCUAAGAGACCAAAAAAGAAAAUGUCCCAAUACCACCACCACACACACCAAAGGGGAAUUGUCUGGCAGACUGAGCAGGACAGGCAGGACAACUGAGUAGAGCUUCCAUGUCCUAGGGCAGUCUAUCUCUGGCUAUCAGAUGCAAAGCCAGGGUAAGGGAAGGCUGCUUCUCUGUGGGGUCCUGCUUAGAGUUUUCCUUCACUGCAGGGCAAAACAGAAGCAGAAAGGACGGGGCAGGUGCAGACAGAAGAUCCCUUCUUUAUUCGGCUUGUUUGCCGUUCCUUUCAGAGAUUCUAAAGCACUGGGCUCAGGGACACCAAAAAGAAAGAGAGCCCAGACGCCGCUUGAAGCUUUCCAUCUCCACCACCUCAAAGUCACAGAUCUCUCUGAGCAGGUUUGGUGUGAGCAGGAAAUGGUGUAUAAGAGAAAGCACCCAGAUCUGUGGUCCCCGGAGAAGUUGGAGCUUCUGAACACCGGAAAGAGCAUCCAUCUUGCCAGAGAACUGGAAGUCCACGACCUGGUGCCAGUCCAUACCACAAGCCGAGAAGACUUCUGGGCGAUAAAAGUGCUCAAUCUUCUCCUCAUGAUUCAUGACCUGCAGGCAGGUCAACCUGUGCGGGAAUUUCCAGUAUUUGGGGUGCUAGAAGGCAUUUUUGUGUUGGGGGUCAUUGAUCAGCUGGGCUACACUGCAAAAGGAGAGCUGGAACUGAGUGAGCUGAAGACUCGGAGGAAAGCAUCCAUGCCCACCGCUGCACAGAAGAAGCGGGAUGGCUUUCAGGUCUUUUUGUAUAAGUAUCUAUUUGAUGCAAUGGUGCAAGGAUGUCUGACUACAGAAGCUUUCCUUCAGCACCUGCACCUGAGGCCCAUGCAGGUGCUUGGCCCCCAUGUCCAAGAGCAGGUGGGAAAUGCGGGUCUCACUGUACACCAUUUCCAGGACUUGCUGGAGCUGAUGAGCCUCAGGCUGACGUUCUCGGAAAUCCCUGCUGUUGAGCGCCUGCAGAUCGAGUACGUCCAUCAGGAGAGCAAUGCUCCACUUGGCACAGAGCUAUUAAGCUACAACAAGGACAGUGUGGCAGCCACGGUGCAGCAUUUACUGGCUUACUGGAAAGGGCGGAGAGAUGCUGAAGGGGUGGAUAUUGAGGACGCUUGGAAGUGCCACUACUGCACCUAUGCUGGCAUCUGUGAUUGGCGAAUGAACAAGAUCGGAAGGUCACCAGGAAAGAAUUGGCAAAAGAGGUCCAGAUGAAACUGGAGGCCAACCAGGCCUUUGGGGUACUUUGGAUAGACUUGUCAUCAUAAUCAUCAAAGAUGUGAAGGGCUGCAUCAUCUCCUCACCAUCACAGCAGAAAAUUUCAGAUCCUGACAUCUUUCCCUUUGUGGUUCAAGGGAGGAAAGUGCCACAAGUUGUAAUCUCCUGAGCACAAACCCAAGGCCUAAUCCAAAGCUUUACUUAGGAUUUUGUGUUGCAAGUCAGGACGUGCUUUGUAUGCAGAAUGACAGCAUAAUUUGCUGCAUCCACUUCUCAAGGCUCUUGGUUUCAUUUAGAGUUAACAUAUAAUAACGAAGAAGCACAGAGGGGAAAGGUGGACUCUUCAAAGACAAGGGCAAUAAUGAUUUGCUGGCUCAACACAUUUUGAAAUGUCUUCCUUGUGCCUCAAAGUCCCCAGAGAAGCCACAAUGUCAUGUGAAGGCUGCAGUCUUAUACAUCUCAGAAGGAAAAUUCCGAACAGCAUCGAGUCAUUAAAUCUCUGUGCAUCUUUCAAGACUUUCCUUCCUUCCAUGUAACCUGGCAAUUGGUGCUUUCCUUUCUUCCUUCGAAUGCCACCUGCUGAGUCAGCAUGCCAAAAUGAGGGGGAUCCACUGGAAUCUCUUCGUCAUUCUGACAUUUCUCCAGUUUUGUGUUUGAACUCCUUCUGAAGGAGAAACACAAACAUUCCACAAUUGGGUGCAGGCCAGAGCAAUGCUGCCCUCCACCUCUUUGAAGGACAGAGCAGGACUUGCCAUGAAGAAGUAAAUCUAGCUUCCACCUGGGUGGAAGGUCCCAUUCCUACCCCCACAAGUGUCUUAUCAGCUAUUUCUUAUUCGCUGACCCAUAUGCCUAUCUUACUGCCAACAGGGAUACAGGGCAGAAUUUUGCUCUGUCCAUAUAGCUUCACUGUUUAUCAGUCUUCUGCGGGCACCUAAAGACUUUGCUAGAUUUUCCAUAGGAACCCUGAAUCACUAAAUGACACUAAGCAGGACCAAAACAUCAUUUGAUUAUUCAAUUUGCGCUGAGGGGAGCUUUGUAUGAUAGCACCGGCCAAAUGCAAGUGCCUACAAAAUAGAAGCAACAUUUGGGGAUGGAAUGUGCAACCAGGACUUCCUUUCUGCCCAUUUCCUGGGAAUGGUAUCUAUAAUCUAGCAAUGUUUAAUGAUAACACAUGUGCUGGAUAUACUGUAUUACAAUUUAUAUAAUGGAUAUAUACUUUUUGCCUUUUUACUUUUCAGAGGGGCAAAGAACUUUUUCUAGACUGCCAAAGAAUGCUUUUCUGACUUUUCAAAAAUAAAUAAAUAAAUAAAAUGGACUUUAUUUGC